GGGUAACUACGGACUUUUGAAGAAUGGAUAUUGAAGAUAAAACUGGUAUCAGUGAUUUUGCAAUAAAAAUUUCACAAAUAAAACGUCAAACUAAUUAUGACGUCAUCAAACUGGGGUAGAUACAAUAGAAACAGCUUUGAACUAAUAUAGUUCUGAAAAUAUUAAAAAAUAAGCAUUUCGGAAUUAAUCAAGCAAGAAGGUCGUUUGUUUCCACUAUGUCAACAUUAGAAAAACAUCCUCUGUAUACUCUGUCGACUUCCUGUGAAGACGACAAAACUAUCAUACACGCAGUUUUUACAGAGUCCAUUUUAGGAAAACUGCAAGAUUUUUUAAGAAACGCAACAGAGAGUUGUCUGCAUCCCACUAUUAAAAUAUAUAACGAUGGUACAGGUUUUAUUCAAAUUCCUGUAUGUCCUUUAGAGACAGAUAGCGAACAAUAUACAUUUCAUUUUAACUUAUAUUGUGUACAAGGUAAAGUCAAUGGCGUUUUUUAUUGUCUCCAGCAAGUGCUGUCAAAAAAUGAAAACUGUAUCAGUUCUUUAGGGUGUAUCACUCAUAAACUAGUUAUGCAUGGAAAUCGUGAUUCGUUUAAAGAAUUCAGAAAAAGAAUGCACGUGGAAGAAGCGAAAAAGAAACCUGCGAAAGAGAUUUGUCUAUCAAAGAAUCUUAAAUACAAAAAAUUUCUCUCGCAUUCAGAUAAUGAGGUUUCGAAUUUUAAUGCAUCACUUUGUGAUGGCUGGAAUAAUAAGGCCUUAAUAUCUGACAAUUUAUCUGGGGAAUCUUCAUUUUCAUUGAGUAAUGAGUUACAUAUUCCCUCGUACGUUAGGAAAUCAUCAUUACGAAAGAGAAUUAUUCAUUUGUUAGCUCUUCGACCAUAUAACAAGUGUGAACUACUUCGAUUAUUGAAAAGACAUGGCAUUUCCGAAAAUGACAAAAAAUCCUUUGAAUUUAAAUUAAGUGAAGUAUCUACAUGUUACAAAAGACAGCGAUUUACUUUGACUAUUCCUGCUUGGAAGGAAGUUGAUGCUGCGUGGCCGUAUUAUAGAGUGGAGCAGCGACAACUUGUGAGAAGACGGCUAAAUGCAAUGUAUCGUGGGACUUCAGAUCGUCUAGAAGAGCAUUUUCAUUCAACAGAUUUUGAAUUUCUGGAAAAGAAACCAACAUCAAAUAAUGGUUUACAGACUCUUAAUCUCAACAAUAAACAGAAAUUUCUACAAUCAGCUUUAUGUCCCGAACCUAACCAUUUAAGAAGAUUCAAGGAAAGGUGUCAUCCAAAUGUUUUAGAGGAUGUCGAGAAGCAUUACCAUAGUAUUUCUGAUAUUCAGUCUUCUUUUCACUUACAUAAAAAUAUGAGAAUACCUAUCUCUGAAACAAUAGAAAGUAAACAGAAACCGUGGUCCUUCGCAACUCUAGCUUGUCUCGUCAUGGCAGAAGACAAUAGUGUUGUUGAACUUAGACUUGGAGCAAGCUUUGAUCCGAAUCCUAGAGUUGCUUUCCAUUCUGUCAGAUAUGACUUUAAACCAGCAUCGGUUGAUGUUACAAAAGAAGCUGCUUUAGAAGUUGGUGAGAAAAACCAAGUUACAAUAACUGUGCCACAUAUUGAGAGUUCAGGUACGACACACACUGUGUAUAAAGGAAAUAAAAGGACAUGUCCAAAAGAGUGUGUCCUUAUUAUUGAUAAUGCCUCCGGAUCAGUUACACUGGAAAAACUCUCCAACACCAUACAAGUGAAGAAAACUAGAGCUGAAGGUUCUAGUCGUCUUUCUAUGAGGCCACUCACUCCUGUUGACAGUAGUAAAAUGAAAACAUCACCUCCGAAAAGUGGCAAAAUGUCUCAGCAUAGUCCAUCUUCCUUUAAAGAGUGUUCUCCAGCUUUGACACCAGUUGAACCUGAUAACAACAGAGAUAAUGGUAACAGUUCUCUAAAUGUGUGUGCUCCAGUAGCGUUGACAAAUAACAUGUCAGAAAGCAGCAGUAGUAGUUCUUCAUCAAGUGGCAGUGAUGUGUCUAGUGAUUCAGAAUCAGACAACUCUGAUUCAGAGGGAGGACCUAACAAAGAUACUCCUGCUCCAUGUGAUGUUCCAUCGAAAGACCUUAGUACGUUAAGUGAAGACUUACAUUUGACUGAAUCAGGCAGUGACAGUGAAUGAACCCUCACGAAUGUGGCUCUGUUUAACUAAACUUUGGCUGUGACAUUUCUCUAAUGACUGUCAUCACGUGUUCUUUCUUCUAUUGAUCUCACUUUUCAUGCAUUCACAUUGUUGAUUGUAUCAUCUAUCAUCACUAGAAGUUAUAUAGUGGUCUAGAGAUCAGAGGAACAGGUCAUCAUUGUAUGAAAUAAACCAUUUCUUUUUAAUUAUC